AUGGCCAUCAUGCUUUCGACUCCUUUACAACUGUUUCCCGCUGUCAGAAUUAUGGAGAACGGCUUGUUUCAGUCUAGUGGGAAAUACUCUAACCAAGUCAAAUGGAAAAAGAACUCGUUCAGAACUUUGACUGUUUUUGGUUGUGCAUUGAUCGCCUGGAUGGGUGCGGCAGACUUGGACAAGUUCGUCUCGUUAAUCGGAUCGAUGGCUUGUGUUCCUCUCUGUUUCUGCUACCCCGCUAUGUUGCAUUAUCGGGCUAUCGCUAAAACCGCUCGUCAGAAAUUCCUCGAUAUUUGUCUCUUCCUGUUCGGGUGCUUUGCGGCUGUUUACACUUCUUAUCAAACCUUGGUUAUGCUCAUUAAUAGUCCGAAUACUCCCGGCUCUUCUCAACCGCCUAAGUUCGGUAAUUGCGUCGUUCCUUAA